GUAGGCGUGACGUAAAUGUCACGCCCAUUAGUUAGAUGACAGCCAAUUGUCUUUCAGAUCGGGGCUUUGGUAACAGAGAAGCGCCGGGGCGACAUUAUGGGAGGUUGAGAAAUUCGUGAAAGCGUUGUGAAGCUUAGCUUUAAAAGGAUCAUGGACUGGAAAAAGAAACUGAAAAGUAGGAUAGAGACUUCUGGAAAAGGUGAAAAAAUGGAUCCUGAAAAGAAUGAUGAAGAAAUGGAAUUAUUUACUAAAUAUUACACAGAAUGGAAAGGUGGAGGGAAAGAUAAGCAUUCCUAUAAAGUUAUACCCAAAUUUUAUUACAGACUGCCAACAGAGGAAGAAUAUUUGCUACAGAAAUUACGAGAAGAAACAAGAGCAGUUUCUUUACAACGGAAGAGCAGAGAGCUUUUGGAUAACGAAGAGUUGCAGAAUUUGUGGUUCCUUCUGGAUAAACACCAGACACCACCUAUGACUGGAGAAGAAGCCAUGAUUAACUAUAGUAAUUUCUUAAUAGUUGGUGAAAAAUCAGAACCUAAAAUUAAGCAUUUCUUUAAAGCCAAGGUUUUUGCAAAACUUUUAAAUGGCGAUCCAUAUGGAAGAAUAUCAUUAAUACAGUUCUUUAAUUACGUCAUGCGAAAAGUAUGGCUUCACCAAACAAGGAUUGGCCUCAGUCUUUAUGAUUUUGCCGGCCAUGGUUACUUCAGGGAAUCCGACCUUGAGAAUUAUAUACUGGAGUUAAUCCCUACUUUGCCACAACUGGGGGGCUUGGAGAAAUCUUUCUACUCUUUUUAUGUUUGUACGGCUGUUCGUAAAUUCUUCUUUUUUUUGGAUCCUCUUCGUACAGGCAAAAUCAAAAUCCAGGAUAUUUUAGCAUGCAGUUACCUGGAUGACUUGUUAGAGCUAAGAGAUGAAGAGCUUUCCAAAGAAAGUCAAGAAUCCAACUGGUUUUCAGCUCCAUCUGCCCUGCGUGUUUAUGGGCAGUAUUUAAAUCUGGACAAAGACCACAACGGGAUGCUGAGCAAAGAAGAGUUGUCACGCUUUGGUACAGGGACCUUGACAAAUGUUUUUCUUGACCGUGUCUUUCAAGAGUGCCUCACAUAUGAUGGAGAAAUGGAUUAUAAAACGUAUUUGGAUUUUGUGCUGGCCUUGGAGAACAGAAAAGAGCCAGCAGCACUCCAAUACAUUUUUAAGCUGUUAGACAUUGAAAAUAAGGGUUACCUGAAUGUCUUCUCACUCAACUACUUUUUCAGGGCAAUCCAGGAGGAAAUCAUCUUACAUGGACAGGAGAUGGUAAACUUUGAAGAUGUGAAGGAUGAAAUAUUUGACAUGGUACGGCCCAAAGACCCUUACAAGAUUACUCUUCAAGACUUGGUUAAUAGUAACCAAGGAGACACGGUUGUCAGUAUCCUCAUAGAUAUUAAUAGUUUUUGGGUCUAUGAAAAUCGAGAAUCACAAUCGCCAAGCGAUGACAGCAGUGCAGAAUUGGGAGAUGCUGGCCACGAGAGAGCAUUUGCUGAAAACCCUCCCGAAUAGAAGUCUUAUUAUUGCUUUUAUUGUUUUUGGUAAGUUUUAAAAUGCUACAUUGGUUCUGUUAGCUUAACUUAUUUGUAGUGUAACUACAACUAUGCUUUAUAUUCCUAUUUUGAAUAUAAAAACACAUCUGUAAAUAAAAAAGCUAUAUUUAAGUGUA